AUGGAAAACGCAGAUAUCGACACUAUGCGGAAAGUGACAGUGAUCAUUUGGUCUAUCUGGUGCGCAAGGAAUGAUCUGGUAUGGAACAACGAACCCUUUAUUGCAAAUCAGAUAUGGCAUCAAGCUGAAGGUUGGAUUAGAUCAUGGCAAGAGGCUCAAGAAAAGAAAAAGGCUCUAUUACCAACCGCAAAGAAUGAACAGGGUCAUCUCAGUUUUGGUCUGCGUUGUUUCGUUGAUGCAGCCUUAUUUGAAAACCAUGGUUUGGCUGGUUAUGGUGCUAUUGUUCAUAAUAAAGAAAAUCAAUAUGUAGGGGCCCGUGCGGGUACGAGAAUUUGCUGCAUGUAUCCCUACUUAGCUGAACUUUGGGCAAUCAAAGAGGCACUAUCAUGA